AUGGCUGCUAAUGCAAAGUUAAUCAAUGAUCCAUCAGGUGAGUCUGUUGAGGUUACAUUAUAUAGAAGUAUGAUUGGUUGUCUGUUGUAUUUAAUUGUAAGUCGUCCUGAUAUUACUUUUAGUGUUGGUGUAUGCUCUAGAUUUCAAUCUAAUCCUAAGAUUUCACAUUUGAAUACUGGUAAAAGAAUCAUAAAACAUGUUAGUGGAACUUGUGAUUAUGGAUUGUUCUAUAACAAAGAGUCAAAUUUAUCUCUUGCUGGUUUUUCUGAUUCAGAUUGGGCCAGUGAUGUCGAUGAUAGAAAAAGCACCACUGGUGGAUGUUUUUAUGUAGGAGCCAAUCUUGUUGCUUGGAUGAGUAAAAAGCAAAAUUCUAUCUCUCUGUCUACUGCAGAAGCAGAAUUUAUUGUUGCUGGAAGUUGUUGUUCCUAA